AUGGUUGACGGAUUGCUGUCGGUCGUCGUGGAUAGCCGUGGCACCAAGAAGUCUGACGCGGGAUCCACAACGCAGUCACUGAACGUGCCGGCGCCCGCGCGUUCCAAAGCGCAGUCCGACAGAAGCUUAAGGUACAGUGUGAACCUCGAGCCGCUCGCAUUGGACUGUGCUCAUAAGCGCCCUGCCAGGAACAUCAAGAAUGAAUACAAAGAAGAUGGAGAGGUCAAGCACUUGAUGAACAGACUGAAAACUGUGGCCAUCGAGAGAUCGACUAUACUUGAUCCUACGACCGCAAUCCUCAUGGACCGCAUGGCGAUUUUCGUCUGCUGGCCGCUGACUCACAGUCUGGACUUGGCCUGGCCAUCAUGUGAGAUUUUCAAAGACAUCUACAACAAGUUGCUGUCGCGUGUUGUAUUCAAACUUCCCGAUGUAUGCGCAAUUGCGGCCACACCGAAGCUUUCACGCCCGUCCGUGAAGGAGCUUCUUGAGGAUGCCAGACUCGGGAAACGUAGAAGCCUCUCAGGCCUCGACCCGAGCGACGUUGAAGCAUUGUCGGACCUUCUGGAAUUGACCGAGAUCGAACAGGAGAUCUGCGCGUCGCUGGAGGGCUCUACGCACCUCACUCCGGUCUCUGACGCUGUGAACGAUCGAUUUUUGACAAUUGCGCAUGACGUCUGCUCGUUGUCCGACGAAGCGAAGACGUUGCAGCAGGGUACUCGGGAUAUCAAUGAAGCGGAGGCGAGAAUAUUUUGGGACUGGUUUCACACAAUCCUCUUCGUGUUCACCCGCUCGUACGGCGUGGACUACGUGCUCGAGCGCGAAUCGCCUCUCGCAUGGAACGACUUCUUCAACGAACUCAACAAACUCCCGAAAACCAACCCAAUGGACCUGUCGAUUGCCGUGCGACAGAUGAGAUCGUACUUCAUUGAAGAACACGAGUCUGGUCUCCCGAAAGCUCAUCGCUUCCCCCGAAGGUAUCACACGACUCCCCAGAACGACUCUGGCGUCUCCGAGCUCGACGAACGAGUAGCAGCGGCCGCGAACGAAACGCUCCUGCUCGCUGCCUUGGAUAAAAGGUCGACAGAGCGCCGUCCUAUGUUAGAUAGGUGGGGAGCCGAAUCCGAGAUGGAGCGUCAUGUGCAAGCCCGAGUCAUACGCUCCUACGCCUUCGGAAAGUUCGACGCAGGGGGUAUAUUCGUAAUCCCUCGUGUCUUCGCCAAGAAGGACAUGGAACGUGUGAAGAGGUUUAGUUUCAUCACAUCGCUGGUCACUGUUUCAAAGCCUGUGCCGGACAAGAAGGACUCUGAGCCGACGUCUACGACCGAAUCCACACCUGACGCCGUGCCUGCGCCUAAGGGCUUGGUAACGAGUUUCGACGUGGCGGAUAAGCGCUUGCGCCAGCGCAGGAACUCGCUCGACGGGAAGACCAAAUCGCAGGGUCCUGCUGCAAAGCGUGCAUCGAAACAAAGUCGCACGAAGACUCAACAACGACUUGAGGACAGCUCUGAGGACUCGCACUGGCUUCCCCUGAUUGUACUGUUCAUCAGCUUCCAGUACAAGAAACCGAAUGAAGACUUUGGCACGGUCUUCAACCAGUCCCGUCUUGACCUCACGAACAACGUCAAGUAUCUGGAUAGACUUGGCAUACAAGGACUUCCCGUCUUCGCCAUCGCCGCAGUCGGCUGCAAAGGAUAUCUGCUUUCUGCGUGGGGCGAAAAGGGCCAAGACUUCAAGGAUGUGACCCGCGUGCGAAUCGCUGACAGCAAUUGUCCUCAGUGGGACCUCAGCAACAAGUCCCAGGCCCUCCGUCUCGCUCUCUUUCUCCUGAACUUGCGCGAGGCGUGGCACGAGCUGGUAGUGCAGAAGUUCAACGAGGUCAGGCCGGCGUUCGAGGCAAAGUGGGCGUCGGACGCCGCGUCGUUCGACUGGAAGAUGGAGCAUCAAAAGGAGCAACCUCGCUAUCUCGCCGUCAAAAAUUCUCAGCAGGCGGAGGAAGAGACCUUCAUGGGCAUUGUGGAGCAGAUCAAAGCACGCAUCGAGCAGUUGAAAGCUGCAGACAAGGCUAGAAAAGACGCGGGUGAGGCUGCUGGGAAAGAAGAGGAGGGCGAGACAGACGACGAAGGCGGGAAUGCAAAGGCAUAA